AUGGUGGAUCUUCAAACCGUUUGCUGCAUGUGCGGCGACGUGGGUUUCCCCGACAAGCUUUUUCGCUGUAACAAAUGCCGUCAUCGCUUCCAGCACUCGUAUUGUAGCAACUACUACGGAGAAUUACCGGAGAUAGAACUGUGCGAUUGGUGCCAGAGCGAGGAGAAGAACUUGAGACAUAUUGGCUCCAAUUCGAAGAAACCGGUGACCGGAAACGAGGCCGGAGCUACCCACCGUUCGGAAUAUUCCGGUGAGAAAAUUAUCAAACAGCAUGAUCAUCGUGAAGAGAGUGGUUCUGAGAAGGGGAAGAGUCCCACACCGUCGCCACGACCCGGCACACGCAGGUACAAGCUUCUCAAGGAUGUAAUGUGUUAA